AUGCGCGGAGCGUUGCGCGGAGCAGCCCUGGUACCGGGCGCCACCCCGCGGCAGCGGAGCCGGGCCGGGCCGGGGAGCCCGGCGCUGGAGGAGGAGGAGGAGGCCAGGCCCGGCCCGGCCCACAGCUCUGUUUUCUCCCCCGCAGGCUCCUCACGGUUCGCUCCGGCGGUGACACAGCACGCCCCGUUCUUUAAAGGGACGGCCGUCGUCAACGGAGAGUUCAAGGAGCUGAGCCUGGAUGAUUUCAAGGGGAAAUACCUGGUCCUCUUCUUCUACCCGCUGGACUUCACCUUUGUCUGCCCCACAGAAAUUGUGGCCUUCAGCAACAAAGCAAAUGAAUUUCACGAUGCGAACUGUGAAGUAGUGGCGGUUUCUGUGGAUUCUCAUUUUUGUCAUCUGGCCUGGAUAAAUACCCCACGAAAGAGUGGCGGUUUGGGCAAAAUGAAUAUUCCAGUUCUGUCGGACCUCACAAAACAAAUCUCCCGAGAUUAUGGUGUGCUGCUAGAAGGACCUGGCAUAGCACUAAGAGGUCUCUUCAUCAUUGAUCCAAAUGGGAUCAUCAAGCAUCUAAGUAUCAAUGAUCUCCCCGUCGGUCGUAGUGUGGAGGAGACCCUCCGCUUGGUGAAAGCAUUCCAGUACGUGGAAACACACGGAGAGGUUUGCCCGGCAAACUGGACUCCAGACUCCCCUACAAUCAAACCAAGCCCAGAAGCUUCUAAAGAAUAUUUUGAGAAAGUGCAUACAUAAACACUAAAAUAUGUGGACAAAACGCUUAGUUACCAUAAACAGAAGACAUUAGGAAAGCAGCUGUGAUUAUAUAAAA